AUGCGCUGCUGGACAGCUAAGAGCCCCGCAGUCCUCGCGAACCCAGCGCUCCUCUUCUCCCUGUGUGUUAUUCGGCCCGGCUCUACUCGCGAGAAAUACGUGUUGGAGCAGCUCGACCCGCCUUUGAAAGAAAGGUUUGAAGUGGACGCAGACGAAGUUUUGAAUGCGAAUAGUGAAGAAGACGAGUUGCAGUCGCCUGACAUUGGGCUCUUGAACCACAAGAACGCCGCCUGUGUGCUUUCCAUGUUGAAGACCCGCUACCUGGCGGGCAAAAUGUACACCAUGGCAGACCCGCUGCUGGUCGCAAUUAAUCCUUUUAAGGAUCUCGGAAACGCCACUAAGAAGUGGAUUGACUACUACCGCACCGCGCCAAACAUUGCAGAGACGGAGCCGCACGUGUUCCGAGUUGCCCGCGCGGCUCUUUCGAAUUUAGAAGAUUACAACAAGAGCCAAACCAUUAUUGUGUCAGGCGAAUCAGGGGCGGGAAAAACAGAAGCCACCAAACAGGUCAUGCGCUACUUUGCUUCGAACGGCAGCGGUGACAGUCGGAUUCAAGAAGCCAUCAUGGCUGGCAAUCCUCUUCUCGAGUCCUUUGGAAAUGCAAAGACCAUACGCAACAACAACUCGAGUCGCUUUGGCCGCUUUAUGCAGCUGACUCUCUCCAGCGAAAAAGGCAUUUUAUACGGCGCAAUAACAAAUUUCCUCCUUGAGAAGGUCCGGCUGGUUUCGCAGGAACCCAACGAACGGUCUUUUCACGUUAUUUAUCAGCUCCUUAAGGGCGCCGAUGACGAAAUGAAGAGCAAGUACCACUUACGUAAAAUGGAAGAAUACGUAUUUCUCACGGCAAGGAGCGGAGGCUGCUUCGACAUCGAUGGAGUGGACGAUAAGAAGGAUUUCGAAGAACUCAAGCAGUGUUUUGCAGCCAUGGAACUUCCCAGUGAAAACGAGUCAUCAGUUUACUCCAUUUUAUCCGGCGUGCUGCUAAUUGGCAACACAAAAAUCACACCUCACGAAAUGCAAGGAGUGCCGGACGCUGCUCAUGUUUCGACAGAGUCACUGAACAUUCUGAAGGAAGCUGGAGGGCUGCUCUUCGUGGACCCGACGCGCUUGGCUCAGGAAGUUCUCCGCAAGCACACCAAAGUUGGAAAUCAGAUGCUGGAGGGGCCGCGGACUUUCAGGGAAGCAGAUAUGAUGGUCAAGUCUGUGGCGAAGCACGUUUACGAUAAGCUGUUUGGGUGGCUGGUGGGGUUUCCUUAA